AUGCCUUGUGCCGAGCCUACUAGCGGACAAGUACACGGCAUGUCUGGCAAAUUACCCCCCGUACUCCGUAUUACAGACCAUACCUCCCAGCAACAGAAUGCAUCCAUCUAUUUCGAGACCGAAACCCCCGAGAAAUCCCCAGCCCAGCACCUACACGGAAGUACUUGGGUACCUAGUAGACGGGAUCGUCAUAAGGCGACGGGCGGGGCGGGGGGUUUGAUCCUGUUCGCCCUAGACCGCGGACUUGACUUGCCGGAUUGGGCUGAUUUGAAGCGGACGGUGGCGAAAUCGUCGUGCCAGACGACGGAGCCAGUCGUUGCCCUGGGGAGAUAUUCCAGGGAAGGACUGAGCGUGCAUGCGUGGGCGGUAUUAUUGAGCGGCGUACGGUCCGGUAUCAAGGGAAUGCAUGCAUGCAAGAUGGAAUCGCAGCUGUACGGAGUGUGGCUGGUGAGCGGAGGGCUCGGAACUCGUGGAAGUGUUUUCCUUACCGCUCUCUGGCACCUUGCAGCUGGUUCACUGCUAUCCAGGAAAGCAUUGCGAGGCUGUCACGGCAUUCCGCAUGGGGAAUACCAGGAUGUGAAGGAUGCGGCCGCAUUCUCAUGCGUUGGCGUCUGUAUGUAUGCAUUACAAAUUACACCGCCAUGUGAUAGAUACAAGUACUACAUUACUACAUCGGGGAUCCGCGAUCAGACCCGAUUGUCUUUCGCACCCUUGCCUAGCCACCCCGUGCUUGGUGCAUCGCAUCGGCCUCCAGAUGCCCUCGUCGUUGCUGUGGCGCAGGCGAGCAGCAUUCCUGCGAUCGCAUCCUCCAUGAUUCAGUCGCCCACACCCCCGGUGGCGCGUCAUGACUCCCGCCGGCGGCGUUAA